CGAUUUUUGGGCAUUUCUUGAGCGUUGCACAGAUGAGUGUUCAUACUCAGGGACGCUAGCUGAACCAAGGGGUAGGUGGACGAUUAGCGCGUGGCCUUCAUUUAGUACGUGGCUGAAGCAGCCAUUUGGUCUAGGAGUACAGUACAUUCGAAACUGUACAUGUUUAGCCAUCGGGGAUGUCACAUCUAUCUGCUCUUCCUUCCCUUCAUCUGCGCUACAGCCACUAGUUCAAUUCACUAAACUCGAUCUCCGCCAGGAUGUGUUAGCAUACCCCUCUUAUUGAUAUUUGGGCUUCGAAGUAUCCCUGCAUCGCAACGAGCACUCGGUAUAUGACACGUCAAUAAGGAGUGAACCUAUAUCACCCAUCAACCCAAUUCCAUCUCCACUUCUCCUCUCCAUAACCUCGAAUCCAAACCCCUCCCCACGAAAGAUGCAACCCCGCAUGCGCUUCGACGAUGCAGCCUGGGAAGCAAGCGAAACCGACUCCGACAGCUGGGUGGCCGGCCUAUUCCAACCCGACACCCUCCGGGCCAUCGGCGACUUCGUGAUCAAACACCGACGAGGCGUCCCAAUUGAACUGUGUCAGCCCCGAGCGGGGACAUUUAAUGUGUCAUUUCGGAUGAAGUUUGAAGGACGGUUCCCGGAGGAAAACGUGAAGCAUGAAGUCGCGACGAUGCGGUACAUCCAAGAGCAUACUUCGAUCCCGGUACCUUUUAUUUUACACUGGGGCACAGGGGAAGAGAGCCCGCUUGGUCUCGGCCCGUUCAUUCUGAUGGAGUACAUCGAGCAUGCUAUGGAUCUGGGCGAGGCGUUGAACACGCCCACUCUCGGGGUUGACGAUCGCCCGGUUCUUGAUCCGGCAGUUGAUAUUGGAAAGCUAGAGAUGUUGUACGGACAGCUCGCAGACAUAUUGCUGCAACUGUCGCGGUGCUCACUACCCCGGAUUGGGUCUCUAAUGCUGGUAGAUGACUUCACCUGGGAACCCAAGCACCGGCCUUUAUCGAUGGCCAUGAUUGAGCUCGUCCGCUUAGGGACUCUUCCUCGCUCAAAACUGCCAGCCACCACCUUCGAGACGGCGUCCGACUAUUUCCAGGCCCUCGUUAACCUGCACUGCGAGCAUCUGUACCACCAACGCAACGACACAGUAGACUCUGCAGAUGACUGUCGGCGUAGGUUCGUCGCCCGCCGGCUAUUCUCCAGACUCGCCGGUGAGCGGGGGCGGCUGGCCUCCUCAAGAACCGACCACGGACCGUUCACGCUCUGGUGUGACGACCUUCGGCCCUCGAACAUCCUGCUCAACGAGCGCGGGCAGAUCGUCGGUGUCGUUGACCGGGAGUUCACCUAUGCGGCGCCGGUUCAGUUCUCUCAGGCACCGCCUUGGUGGUUGCUGCUCGAACAGCCGGAGUACUGGUCUGAUGGGGUAGAGGCGUGGGAAAGGAUAUUUGAAAGUCGUCUAAAAACAUUUCUCAAGGUUCUGGUGGAGCGCGAAGAGACAGCCCUGCGGGCAGGCAGGUUGAACCCGGAGCAAAGGCUUUCGGGUCCCAUGCGACGGAGCUGGGAGAAUGGUGAUUUUUGGGUCGCGUAUGCUGCGAGGAAGAGCUUUGCUUUUGAUAUGGUUUUCUGGGAGAGGCUUGAUUCCAGGUUCUUUGGUCCUUGUGCGGUUGCUGUCGAAGAUCGCUGGAAGGAGAGGUUGGCGUUGUUGACUGAGCAAGAGAGACUGUGUAUGGAACGGGUUGUGAGUCGGAAGGUUGAGCAGAUGAAGACAAGGGAGCUGGCUUGGGAGCCGGAUGAGAUGCCUUAA